GCCGGAGCGGUCUCACGGGUCACCCCGGGCUCAGGCACUCACCACUGCAGCACUACCCUUGAUCCCCCAGAUUUCUCGGAGGCGCAUCCGUCCAUGGGGGCCAAGGCAGCGCACCGGCGUGGGGUGCUGGACCUGGAGGCGCAGUUCGCCUUCUUCCGGUCGCAGCACCGGCACCCCGUGAACGCGGCGGCGCACGCGCUGCUCACCUGGCCCAUCCUCUUCACCAACCUCCUCAUCCUCCACUUCCUGCCGCUGCCCGUGCCCCCCGCGCUGGCCCUCACGCUCGCCUACGCCGCCGCCUACCUCGCCGUCGACCGCCGAGCCGGCGCGCUCGCGGGGCUGCUCUUCGUCGCCGCGUGGGCCGCCAGCCGCGCCCUCGCGGCCCGCCUCGGCUUCGCUCUCUCCUGGAAGCUCGUCCUCGCCACGCAGCUCUUCUGCUGGACCUGGCAGUUCCUCGGCCACGGCCUCUUCGAGAAGAAUGGGCCGACUGUGAGUGAUCUUCCCGAGGUGUUCUUGAUGGAGCCGUUCCUCAUCUUCCUUCAGAUACUGAACAAGCUGUUCGGCUAUGAGCCGUACCCUGGGUUCUGCAAGAACGUGGAGAGGAAGAUGGAAGCUGAUCUCAGGGAGAGCAGAGAGCUCCAGCAGAGGAAGACAACCUGAUUGCUUGGGAAUUUGGGAGUGAUCGUCCGGAGCGGCGCGCGAAAUUGUACCAUGUGUACAUGUAUCGUAUUGCCUACCAUUUGUGUUGUUUAAUUCAGAAGAUACAUGUUGUCUGCACACCAUUGUAGAGUGUAGUGAACAGCAGUCAUGUGUGUUGAGGUUAGCUUGAAUCCCUACAGAUUGGCAAGGAAGAAGGUAGAGAGUGCUAAUUCUCUCCUUUGGUUUACUGCCCUAUACAUUUGCUGGACAAAGAUAACCUAUCUUGGUUUAAAUCAGUAUGUUUAAGCU